AUGCUAGAGGAGUUUAUCCCUUCCAAAGGACAAAACUCAUCUGGGGAAGACGCAAGGAGCUUUUCCCCACCACUUGACUCCUCCUGGGUCCCAGAAGCAAAACUCAUACAGAAACAAACUGUGUAUUUCCUAAUGUACUUUCUCUUUGAAAACAGGGAAGAGCUUUUUUCUCUAAGUAAGAAGGAGGACCCAAAUGACAUUGAUUCACCAAAAAGAAAAGACCCACGAAGUAACAAUGGGGAGGACAGAGCACAAAGUAUGGAGACGCUACCUCCAGGAAAAGUUCGAUGGCAAGAUUUCGAUCAAGAUGCCUAUGUUAGUGCUACAAUGGUUCGAUCUGGUCAGGACCCAUACGCUCGGAAUAAAUUUAAUCAAGUAGAAAGUGACAAACUGCGAAUGGACCGAAACAUACCUGAUACCAGGCAUGAUCAGUGUCAACGGAAGCAGUGGCGGAUAGACUUGCCAGCCACUAGUGUAGUGAUCACCUUUCAUAACGAGGCAAGAUCUGCUUUACUUCGAACAGUUGUCAGUGUUCUUAAAAAAAGUCCAUCACACCUUAUCAAGGAAAUUAUAUUAGUUGAUGACUACAGCAAUGAUCCUGAGGAUGGUGCUCUCUUGGGGAAAAUAGAGAGAGUGCGUAUUCUUCGAAAUGACCGUCGAGAAGGCUUGAUGCGCUCUCGUGUCAGAGGGGCAGAUGCAGCACAGGCUAAAGUAUUGACGUUUCUGGAUAGUCACUGUGAAUGUAAUGAGCACUGGCUGGAACCUCUUCUGGAGAGAGUAGCUGAGGACAAGACCAGAGUUGUGUCUCCUAUAAUUGAUGUAAUUAAUAUGGACAACUUCCAGUACGUGGGGGCGUCAGCUGAUUUAAAAGGCGGCUUCGAUUGGAACUUGGUGUUCAAAUGGGAUUACAUGACGCCAGAGCAAAGAAGAGCACGACAAGGAAACCCUGUUGCUCCCAUAAAAACACCAAUGAUAGCUGGUGGGUUAUUUGUGAUGGACAAAUCCUAUUUCGAAGAGCUAGGAAAGUAUGACAUGAUGAUGGAUGUUUGGGGUGGAGAAAAUCUAGAGAUUUCAUUCAGAGUUUGGCAGUGUGGUGGGAGCCUUGAAAUUAUCCCAUGCAGCAGAGUGGGCCAUGUCUUCCGCAAACAGCAUCCUUACACAUUUCCUGGUGGGAGCGGUACUGUGUUUGCAAGAAAUACACGUAGGGCUGCAGAAGUCUGGAUGGAUGAGUACAAAAAUUUCUAUUAUGCAGCAGUGCCUUCUGCCAGAAAUGUACCUUAUGGCAACAUUCAAAGCCGAAUGGAGUUGAGGAAAAGACUUAGCUGCAAACCCUUCAAGUGGUAUCUUGAAAAUGUCUAUCCUGAGUUAAGGGUACCUGAUCAUCAAGAUAUAGCUUUUGGGGCUCUGCAGCAGGGCACCAAUUGCCUCGACACUUUGGGCCACUUUGCAGAUGGUGUUGUUGGGGUUUAUGAAUGCCAUAAUGCAGGGGGAAACCAGGAAUGGGCCUUAACAAAGGACAAGUCAGUGAAACACAUGGAUUUGUGCCUUACUGUUGUGGACAGAGCCCCUGGUUCACUAAUAAAACUACAGGGUUGCAGGGAAAAUGACAGUCGACAGAAAUGGGAGCAAAUUGAAAGCAACUCUAAGCUGAGGCACGUUGGCAGCAACCUGUGUUUAGACAGCCGAAAUGCCAAAAAUGGUGGGCUUACUGUUGAGGUUUGCAGUCCUUCUCUAUCACAGCAGUGGAAGUUUACACUUAAUUUGCAGCAGUAGAAGGGCUCACAUGCAAAAUGCCAUUUCACUUCCUAGACGUUGGGCAAAGUUUUGAUUACAUUACUGAUAUAUUUCUUAAACUUUCCACGGAACUUAUAUACCUCAGUAUUCCAUCUUUGUCUGAAAGUAGGAGAGAACUAAAGCAAACACAAGGGAACCAAGGGGACUUGGACCACUGCAAUUCUCACUGAACACAACUGCAGCACAGUUCCUUUGUUGUGUGAAGACCUACCAGUUCCUUUCUGACAUCAGCUUACUACUUGCACAGCAGAUGAUUAACAUCCCAAGGAACAAUUGAUGUACAGUAGAAAAUGGAUCUCAAUACAAAGGGAGGGAGGGGAGCUGGGUGC